AUGACGAGUGAGGAGGAUUCCAUCGAACAAGCUGCGGUGGCGCGGCGUGAGAGGCUAAUGAAUCUUAAAGCUGCUAAGGAGCUUAUGAGCACCCCGGAUGAGGGUUCAGAACAAGUCGAGGAUAAGACGGAUCAGGAGGACGAAACAGCUAAUGGCGAUAAUGCAGGAUUGAAGUUUCGCAACUAUGUACCUCAAGCCAAGGAGCUUCAGGAGGGAAGGCUUGCUCCACCAGUGCUACCAAAGUUUGAAGAUCCGAUUGCAGCAGCCCCUCCAUCACCGGAGAAGAAAGAGGAUCCAUUCCUCAACAUUGCUCCAAAGAAACCAAACUGGGACCUGCGUCGGGAUGUUCAGAAGAAGCUUGAGAAGCUUGACCGACGGACACAGAAAGCACUGUACAAACUUAUGGAGGAACAAGAGAAGGAGAGGCAGGCAGCUGAAAUGAUCGAAGAUUAG